ACUCGCUGCAGCGUCAACCACAUAGCAAGGGCCAUGUACGGAGGGCUCCGGCGCGGCCUCGGUCUCGGCACGCGGCUGGCGCAGCAGCAGGCGCGGCAGCAGGCGCUGCGGGCGCCAGGGCUUCAACCGGCCGCGGCCAGCGGCGCUGCGCGCCCGCUCGCGAGGCCGUUCAGCGUCCUCGGCGGGAGCGCCUUUCCGCAGCUGGCCGCGGUGCAGAAGGCCGCGAGCGUCCAGGCUGCCCCGGCGCUCGAGGCUCGCGCGGUGCCGCUGCCGUCUUCGGCCCCGGCAGUGGGGAGGCUGGCCGCGGAGCAGGCGCAGGCGGUGGAGGGCGCAGAGAGCACCGUCGUACCAGGUGGUAAGUUGAUGGACACCGCACGGUCGAGCUCAAUGGUGUUCGAGAUCGGUCUCACGUUCACGUUCUUGCACUACCAGUCCAUCUUCAUCGGAGUGAUGAGGUGUCUCUUCCAGGCGUUCCGUCCCCUGCUGAUCCUCUUCGUCUUCGGGCAGAUCCUCAAGGCCGUCUUCUUCAUCGCCGGCGCUCCCAUCUGGUUCUCCUUCUACUCGAUCUGGCUCUUCGAGGUCGGCUACGGCCUCGCGCAGUGUGCCAUCUCCUUCAUCUUCAUCAGCUUCUUCUACAACAACCUCUCGUUCGCCCGCGUGCGCCCGACGCUCGCCCACAUGCUCCGGCAGCAGCGCGAGAAGCUGUCGAGGGCGGCCCAGCUGCUGAGCGGCAGCGUGCACUGA